AAAAAUGUCAUUUGGAUUCAGCGUCGGCGACUUCCUAGCCGGUGCGCAACUGGCCCAUAAGCUGUGCCAAUCCCUCUCAUAUGCAAAGGGUGCUUCAAAGGAAUUUCAAGAUUUAACGAGAGAACUGUUUACAACGCAUAGGGUUCUUCUACAGGUUGAACAACUGCGGGCGUGUAAUCAGCUUACUCAAUCAACGCUAAAUGCCAUACUCUUUCUCGCCGCUGGAAUAAACGAAGCGAUGGAGGAAUUCAUGAUGGGCUGGGACCAUUAUAGAGAUAGCUUACAGCGCGGAGGAUCAGGAAACCGAAUUAAAGAUAUUUUUAGGAAGGGGAAGUGGUCCAUUAGUAUGGACAGUGAGGUGGAUAAACUCCGCAACGCCCUGAGGACUAACAUGCUAUCCUUAAGUGUUCUGGUACAGCUUGCGUGCUAUUUCAACACAGGUUAUGAUCCCCAAACAUCAGCGUCCUUAGAUACAAGCCGACCUGGUGAAGCAUUUACAUCAGAAUUUCCCGAGAUAAAGACAGAUGCUACAAUAACGGGGCCUAUGACAGUUUAUUCAAGCGCGACCUUCCACCGCGUGCCAAAGCCCUCGAAAUUCUUCCGACCAGGACAGGUUUUCUCGACCGUGAUUCUCGCUAAGUUGGACCUAGAAAGCCGAGUAUACCGUGGUCGUGACUGGCAGAGGCUCCCAUUAUUAUCUAGCACAGAGCUGAGGGAAAGGCAAAAGAUCCGAGAUUCCAAUCGAGAGGUUAAACUCGCCCAACUCUUGAAGCUCCCUUUAGAUGAAAUGUUUCAAUACGGCACAUGCCUGCCCAAUGGCAAGGUUAUGUGCGGACUUUGCUCUCAAGAAGUUUGGAAGGAAGAAUGGCUGGGUCGACAUUUUCCAGAAAGGCAUAAUGAGACCUUCCAAAAACUAUCGACCCCCGCAACAAUCCCCAAUAGGAGUAAAUGGACAACACUGGACGACGUGGAUUCGGACCGUCCAAUCCUUUCGGAUACGAGGAUUGAAUCAUACAAACGAGGCUUCUUCAUGCAGUUACCCGCUAGUUAUGAUGUAGAUCCCUGGCUGGGUGCCAUUCUCAUCCGGCGCUUUGUAGUCGUCCGCCAGGGCAAAAGGUCUUGCCUUUGUUUGGGAAUCCAUACGAACGCUGGAAAGGGAUGUGGCGACCAGCCGGACCAGGAGUUGUUUGCAAUCUUUCACUCUUCAAAGGAAAUACCGCCUCCAUUGACGGGUGAAACUGGGAUGCGACUUCAACCCAUCAGAAUGAAGGCCGAACACCCAUCAACAGCGCUGCCUAGCUCCGCACGUAUCUGCUUUGGACGAGUCUACGAGGUCUUUCAUGAUGUUAACCUUAAAAGUCUCGGCCUCAUCCAUGACGUGUCUAUGGAGAACCUUCAAUUGCAGUUUUCGUCACACUGCCCGAAAGCUUCCGAGAAUGACAAUCAGGAGGAGGCUGUGACCGACUUUACUGUCUCGCCUGCUGAUAUAAAUGUGGUCAAAGAUAUCCGUGAAGAUAUCAACACGGUUUUUAGACCGGAAGAUGGAAUCUAG